GGACUGGCUCCAAGAAUUAUCAACAUCUCAUGACAUCUAUUCUACCUCCCGGACAUGGCUUCAAGUCAGAAUCACCCUAAUAAGGUUUCUCAAGGCAGAAGACAUCAACACUAUUUUCCAUCUACAUACGUCGUCGCGCGUCUAAACAUCCAUACUCAGCGUCAACUUGUCUCCUUGUUGAAUCGCUCAGUACAAGCAAACUUUUGUCAGUAACGGCUUCGUAUUCUCAAAGAUGUUGUCCAGGCCCCACAUGGAUGUGUUCAGAAUGGCCAUCAUGCUUUUCGUGCCUUUUGUCAUGCUGUCUUGAAAUUGAUUUUUGGCCAUUUCAAGCUAUCGAUUGGUUACUGAAAGCGAAACGUUUCAGUUGACGAUUCUCCUUCUUAUUUCUUCUCACUGGGUCUUCAUUCCAACGCCCAACAAUGGUUAUGAUUUCUUCCUGCUCUUCGUACACCGCAGUCUUUCUUGCCUUCGUAACCUCAGCAUCAGCUCUGGCCGUCAAUCGCUCCCAGCCGGAGAAGCGAGCUCAAUGCACUGCAACCUUGAGCGUUGCCUUAAGCGUAGCGCACCGUCUGCAAGACCAUUACUACAGCUCAAGCAACGGGCAAUACAAUGGCGGUUCUCUUUGGACGGACGCAAAUACCUUGGAAGAUCUUCACAACUUGAUGCUUGCGACUGGCACCGAUGACUUCGCUUCUGUAGCCGACAACUCUUUCAUCGGACGCAACGCCAACAAUCCGUCCACCAACUGGAAUGCGGUCUUGGGAGGAAGCAAUGACGAUGCUGGUUGGAUUGUGCUUUCAUUGUGGAAGAUGGCCGACUAUAAAGCGAGCCGUGGCCAGUCGAACACGGCGUUCCUCAACGCUGCUUCCAAGAUCUACGACAUCAUUGAGGGCCAGUGGGACAAUGUGUGUAGUGGUGGUGUCUGGUGGUCUACUGCUCAUACUUACAAGAACGCCAUCACAAACGAACUGUUCCUCCUCCUCUCAGCGCAAGGAUACCGCAGAGGAUUUGGGCAGAAAUACCUUGAUAAUGCAAAAAAGACAUGGGAUUGGCUGAAAAAUUCUGGCAUGCGCAACGGGGAUAAUCUCUGGAACGAUGGUCUCACGAAUGACUGUAAAAAUAACGGACAGACCACAUGGACUUAUAAUCAGGGUGUCAUUGCUUCUGGGUUGGCUGAACUCGCAGUUGUUACCGGCGACAGGUCAUUGUUGACCGAGGCUGAGAAAACUGUGGACGCGACCAUCGCCCGUCUCACCGCCAACAAUAUUUUGAGAGAAUCUUGUGACAAUGCACAAAGCGGAGGAGCCGUAUGCAACCAAGAUCAGCAACUCUUCAAAGGCUUGUGGACGAAGCACCUCCAGUUCUAUCUUGACGCAGCGAAUGAGGCAAGUCGGACAGACAAGUACAGAUCAUUCCUUGGUUCUCAACAAUCCGCUGUCUUCCACUUCGGUAUGUUCCUAGUACCUACUCAACGUAUCAAGAUGACACACCCCGAACAUCUAUGAUCUAGGUACGAAUGCUAACAACGAUAUUGGUAGCGUUUGGUACGCACCCGACCAGGGUGGAUCUAUCUUUACCCCGAAGACCUCCGCCAGUGGCCUUGAAGCUCAUGUUGCUGCAGCUAAAUACGGCUCUUGUUGAUCUGUAUCACAAGGCUAGCGAUAUUCCACCCCGCGGUAUCACCACCUUGUUGAUAUCUUCUUUACAUCUUGUGGCACCGGUGGUUCUUUCGUUGUCAGCCCUUG